AUGCCGGUAGCCGGCCGGAGCCAGGAUGGAGACAGAACCGUAUCGAAGGGUCCUAAGCAUCUGGACCUGGCAACCUGCAGGGAUACAGAGGAAGCUCGACCUCGGCGCAGGAGUGGACGCCACGAGGAUACUGAAAUCAGUGGCCAGAUCAGGCUGGUGGGUGGCUCUCAUCAGUGUGAAGGUAGAGUGGAGGUGUAUCACUCUUCACAGUGGGGAACUGUGUGUGAUGAGUCCUGGGGCAUAAAUGAUGCUGCAGUGGUGUGCAGACAUCUGGGGUGUGGCAGUGCAAUCAGUGCCCCAGGAGAAGCCUCUUAUGGUCAGGGGAGCGGGAAGAUUUGGAUGAAUGGUGUCAGCUGCUCAGGUAGUGAGAGGUCUCUGACAAGCUGCUCAUACAAAAGCAGCUAUAACUGUGGACAUGAUAAAGAUGCAGGAGUCAGGUGUAACCUUCCAUGUGAGUGGAUGUAUUUCAUCUUUUUUUGUAAAUAACAUUUAAAUUAGGAGGAAAAUAUGUUUAUGAAUACAAGCCUUAUGUGUCCCUCUGCUGUCCAGAUUAGGCUGGUGGGUGGCUCUCAUCGGUGUGCAGGUAGAGUGGAAGUGUAUUUCUCUGGGCAGUGGGGAACUGUGUGUGAUGAUGGCUGGGACAUAAAGGAUGCUGCAGUGGUGUGCAGACAGCUGGGGUGUGGCAGUGCAAUCAGUGCCCCAGGAGGAGCCUCUUAUGGUCAGGGGAGCGGGAAGAUUUGGAUAAGUCAAGUUCGCUGCUCAGGUAGUGAGGUGUCAAGCUGCUCAUACAACAUCAAACAUUACUGUCACCAUGGUCAAGAUGCCGGGGUCAGCUGUAACCUUCCAGCCAAUUUCACUGGGUGA